AUGCCAGGGAGCCCCACAACAAUGCUAUUACUCCGAGGCGAACAGAAGGUACCCAGUAAAUAUUCUGUACAUAUCAAGUUAUGGCUUACCAAGUUAUUGUUAAGAGGUUUACCCCCCGGCUAUCUUGCGGGAAUUGAACAACGCCUAUUUGAGACUGAGAUCGCUCUACACAGAGCACUAUCGAGACUGUACAACCAUUCUGAUGCCAAAUUCCAAGAAAGUCGAGAAUUUCCGCAAGUCUCCAAGGGUGAAUUGAUGGAGCAGUGGCAAGAAUUACCUCUAGGGUCAGACAUUGAUCUGGAAACAUGGUGGUCUCGAAAGACGAAAUAUGUCGAGCCACUCGAUAGGGAGUGGGGUUCACCGGAAAAGACUUCAACUCCCGAAACACAUGUUGCUCAUGGAAUCGAUGACAUCCCAUCUGUUGACUGGGAGUUGACAAAUGAAAGACAUAGAAAUGUUCCAGAUAGUGCAGAUUCACUCACUCGAGAGACUAUGGAUAGUACAAUAUCUAGUCUACCAAGGCCCCCGAACUCAGUCGAAGUGCAAAGGAGCCCUGUGGACCCUCAGCUCCAGUUUGAGAGCGACAUCCCCGGUUCUUCAAGCUGGCAAAGAAAUUCACAAAUACAAAACCUUGGUGAGACCAUAACUGUUGCAGAAUCAUUUGCAAGAGCGCAUCAUAAAACAUAUUUCUAG